GCGCGAAGCGGGCGCCGGCCGGGCGGGAAGCCGGUCCCUCCGCACCUGCGGCUGCGUCCCGCGCGUCCCCGGCCAUGGCGCACGUGCGGGCGGCGGCUCCGCGGGUCCGCCGGGACGUCCAGUGAGCUGGGGGUCGCAGGAGGGAGCCGGCGCGGGGCGGCGGGCGCGAUGCCUGUCCUUCCGGAGGCGACGGCGGCGGGGCGCGCGGUGGCCCUGGCCCUGGCCCUGGUGCUGCUGCUCCCCGCGGGUCCGGCGGGCGCCCUGCCCCGCCUGCAGCCCGGCAUGCCGCACGUGUGCGCCGAGCAGGAGCUGACCCUGGUGGGCCGGACCCAGCCCUGUGUGCAGGCUUUCAGCCGAACCGUGCCCGUGUGGAAGCCGGGCUGCGGGCGGCAGGCGUCGUGGUGCGUCAGCCACGAGCGGAGAACCAUCUACUACACGGGCCACAGGCAGGUGUAUGCCAUGGAGGCGCAGACCGUGUUCAGGUGCUGCCCCGGGUGGAGCCAGCAGCCCGGUGACCAGGGCUGCCUCUCCCCCCGGUGCAGCGCUGGCUUCUGUUUUAACGGCGGUCACUGCGCGCCCAGCUCAGUCCAGCUGUGCCGCUGUCCCCGAGGGUUCCAGGGUCCCCGCUGUCAGUACGAGCCUGUCCAGUUGUGGCCUCCCCUGGAGAGAUGGGCAGGGACCUGUCGGGCUACGGGGCGGCCAGGAAGCGGCCCGUCCCAGGGUCUGCAAACGGCAUUCCUGCCUUGCUGGAGGCUCCUGCGUCCCCAAAGAUGGGGGACAGCCAGGGUCCUAUCGGAGGCGACUGGUUCAGUAAAACUGGGCACGGCUGUAAAGUGACGUGUCACGAAAACCCAGCCACGCUACACGCUGUUAAAUAGCAGAAACUCAACGGAGUGAAUUUCAGAGAUCGAAUUGGCUUUAGGAAUCGAUUCAUGAACCGGGCAGAAUCCCAUAUAACAAGGGGGAGGGGAGCUCCCAGGGGCUACAGAAAGGAAAGGUUUUUAAAGAGAGAGAGAAAGGGCAGGAAAAAGGAAAUUGCCAGCCAAGAACCCUGGCUGCAGGCAAGGGGGGCCUCCUAAGGGGAGCGGAAUCUACCGGUUUGCUUCCUUGUGCCAA